GGGGAGGGGAGGGGAGGGGGGGCCAGAUAUAGAUUCUCUAUCUUUGGUGAAUCGCUAUAUAUGGAGUAGGGCGAGUAUACCAUAUAGAGAGGGGGUCGAGUCAUAGCUAUAUAUAGAGGGGGCCAGAUAUAGAUUCUCUAUCUUGGGUGAAUCGCUAUAUAUGGAGUAGGGCGCUGUUUCAAUCACACGAGUUGCCGGCCCUAUCUAUAUAUAUAUAUCUAUAUAUAUAUAGAUAUAUCACGACCACACGGAGCAUAUUCCGGUUGCGAGAUAUAUAGAUAGGGCAGAUAAGAUAUAUAGGGCAUGGUCAUAAUCUAUAUAUGUUGCCGGUUGAUCAUGUUACGAUCACACGAGUUGCCGCGUUCAUGGUUGUUGUUGCUAGUUAUGGCAUGGCGCCCUAUCCAUAUAUGGGAUAUUACAUAUGUAAUAUGAUUCUCGGAAGAUCUAUAUAG